CAAAAAGUACCCAAAGUCUAAUUAAAAUUAAAGUAGCUGAAGGGUAGCUAAAAGCUUAAAGUAACAAAAGAUGAGAUAAAACUUGCAGAAUGGUAACUUAAGGUAGCAAAAUACUGGCUAAAAGCUAAAGCAGCUGAGCAGUAGCAAAGGCAUAGCUAGAAGCUAAAUUUAGCAGACUGGUAGCUUAAAGCUAAAAGAAGUAAAAUAGUAGCUAAAAAUAGCAGAGCAUUAGCUAAAUGUUAGUAGCAUAAGAGCAGAAAUCCUGUCAGUAAAGCUUUCUGUCCUCGUUCGUUUCAACAGCUCUGCACCAAACUUCAUUCAAAAAUCAUCUGUUUUAACAGUAAAGCAAGGAUAAAAGAUCUUUACAGCUAAAGUCUGAUCUUUGCUUGAAUUGAUGAAACAUAAAGGAGUCCGUUUCGGGGAGCUGUUUUAAGGCCUGCAGCUGAGUAAUUAAUGGCGCAGUAAACAGCUUAGUGAGUCUGAGCCGUCACAAGACCGCUGUCAGCAGACCGUCCUGCCUGCUGUCCUCAUGUCUCCCAUUAAAACCCUGAAGGAUAAUUCAGUUAAAGUGUCUCACUGACCCUCUGUCCACAACAUGCUGAUUGUUUCUGUCUCUGACUGUCUGCUGACUCGCAUCGGCUUCAGCGUUGGUUCAGCCUGACGGUUCUGUGUUUUCAGUUAAACACUUCCUUGCUUCUCCUUCCUUGUUGGCGGCUUGUUUUCUCUUCAUUCAUUCAUUAAUCUGAUUUAAAAAGCUUUUAAAAGCAUGAAAACAUAUGAAUCAGAUUCAUCAGCUGUUUAAAAUUACCUCUCCAAAUUCAAUUGUGAAUCCCAGGAAGUAGACGGUGCCCGCCUGAGAAUCACAGCUGCUCAUAAGUUAGGCACUUUUUAAAAUCAGGUUAAUAAAAUCUAAAAAUAUGUCAGCAAAAGGCGAGGACAGAGGAGGUUAGGGAAUGACUCGGAGGACAGUUCAGUUCAAGCAGCUGCUCCUCUCCAUUAGUCUUUCCAGGACUUUUUAAAGGACGAAUCAUGAUUCGUUUACAGAUUCUCACAGGACUCCUCAUCUGUCUUCCUUUAGCAGCCUGUUUGAGGUGCUACACGUGUGUGUUUCCGGCCAUCUCUCCCAUGGAUUGUUUGAAGUUUCCUCUGGAGUGUCCUGCUGGGCAGCGCUGCCUCUCCAGUGAGGCCACAGGAAGACGAGGCGUCAUCCAGAUGACGAUCUACGAGAAAAGCUGUGCCGUUCCCGCUCAGUGUGGCCUGAGUGGACAGAAAUACACCUCCGGCGUCUACUUUAACUACACCAACGACUGCUGCGACACGGACCUCUGUAACGGAGCCGCACGGGCCGGCCGAGGGGCGGCGGCGCUCUGCCUGCUGCCCGUCUUCUCGCUCCUCAUGGCCUGAGGCGAGGGACAGAAAAAGACCAUCAGGAGACGAACAACUGCUGCACAACAUGAAUGAAUGAAUACAUGAACCACACGUGACAGGAGGGUGAUGUCAUUAAACAUCUGCAGAGGAAGAAAUAAAAAGAACGGCUCUUAAACGGCACGACUCCUGUUCAUCUUAAAGAGUCGUUCAAAAGAUUCAGAUCGUCUGUGAACGUCACAUUUUUACUUACAGGAAAGAAAUGUCUUGAUUUUAAACUUUUUUUAUUUACACACAAGCAAUCUUCUUAAGGCUCUAAAUUAAAAAAAUAUCAGGGUACAGGUUAGGGAACUUCGUGCUCAAAACCUUUUUUCAAUUUUUUUUUCUCUUGAAUCCUAUUUUUACGUGCAGUUGAUUGAAUAAUCUUUGUUUUAACACUUGAGUUGUCUGAUGAGUUUCAUUUCUCUCCUCAGUGACAUCUGUAUGUGCAGGGUUCCUACAGCAGGGUUUUAAUACAACUUAAUAUAAAAUUUAAGACUAACUUCCCAAAAAAUAAAACCAUUUUAUCCAAAUGUUUAACACAUUAGUUGCAAGACAUUAAUUUAAAAAUAAUAAAAAAUGUUACCAAUUUAAUGUUUGAGAUAAGUUCCAAUCAUUACACUUAUAAUAUAAAUAUAUAAAGAAUUCAUUUAAGACAUUUUAAGGCUAAUUAAGGCUGAUUGAUGAAUUCAGUGCUUUUUAAGUAUCUGCAGGAACCCUGAUGUGAAUAAAACCUUAGAUGAAAUUUAAAAAAAUACAUUUCCAGACUCAUUUUUAUUCAAAUGUUUUAUUUAGACAAUAAAGAAGUACAUAUAAGAUCUUUUUUGAGUCAGAUUGAUUGUCUUCAGAGAUUAUUUAAAUCAGUCUGAUCCUGUGGGACUUUUUAACUACAUUUUAACAAAUUUUAACAAAUUACAAAGCAAAACAUCAGUAACAGAAGAUGUGACAAACAUCUAUAAGUGAAAAAACUAACAGUUUCCAUUCAUUUAACUAAUUAAAAUUAAUCAUUUUGUAAGUUUUUCCACAUUAUAUAAUAAAAUAAAAUAUUUUAGACUUGAUCCCUUUAAACACAAAUUCAUUAAAUCCACAUCAAUUCAAGUAUAUUAGUAUUUAAACACCGGUAAGUUUAAGAAAGCGCUCAGUGAAGUCUAAAAAAGUUCACAAAAUAUAUUUUUAUGAAUCUGAAGUGCACUUCGGUUUGUUUUUUUGUCAUAAAAUCUCUUUUACACUUGGAAAUGCUGAAAAUGCUCCUGCUGGACGGUUACUUAAAGGAAGGUCAGAAGCUUGAUGGACGUCUGAUUUAAAUUUAACGUGUUAAACAUAUUGAAACAUCUGCUGAUAUUUCAGCUGGUGAGCCAAACUUGAUCUAAAAACGAACCGUUAAUUUGAACCUUCCUGCUUUUAAAUAAAAAUGUAUUAAAAAUAGCUKAAAUCUGACGCAUUGGAAAUGUUUUCAGUUAGGUCAGCGCAGUUAGAGAGCACUAAGAAACAGGCCACAAAACAUUUACUCGUAAUAUAAAACGCUAACAUAAAGCAAAUAUAAAAAUAUUUCCAGUAUAAAAAUGCCUUCAUUAAACUUCCUGCUGUU